CGCGCAUGCGCGCUCGCGACACUCUAGCGCCAGCUGCCACGCUGUUGCUAGGCAACAGAGUAAUCAGAGUAACCAGGGACACGGCUCUGUUUUGCGACAAUGCUGAAGGGCCACGGUAACAGAGCUGACAGAAGGAAGCGGGCCGUGAUGGCUGGAGCACUUCAGGAUCACAUCAUCCGGAGCCUUCCAUCAUCACCUUCCACACGUCUCGCACACACACUCCAUUAUGGUGAUGAUGAUGAUGAUGAUGAGCAAGAGUUUGUGCUGGACUCACGUCAGCCACCGCUCACGCUCGCUCAGAAGCUGGGAUUAGUAGCAGCUCCCAUGAGCAGCAGAAGGCUUAGUGAAGACGAGUGGAUGGAGGUGAAAUCUCGCUCUCUGCUGAACGGAGACUCCACGCAUCCCUGCAUCAUCUGCACAGAGGAGUUCCGCCUCCAGCUGCAGGUUUUGCUUUCCUGUUCUCACGUCUUUCACAAAGCAUGUUUGAGGAAGUUGGAGCACUUUUCGGGAAGGAAGUGUUGUCCGCUGUGCAGGACGGAGCACUAUGAGACCCGAGUGAUACACGACGGAGCGAGACUCUACAGAGAGACGUGUGCGCUCAGGAUUCAGGCCUGGUGGCGUGGCUGCGUCACCCGAAAGUGGUACCGAGGCAUAAGGAAAGUCGUAGCACCGAAUGAUCCACAAUUACGACGCAGAUUCUUUGAAGAGAAGUUUCAGGAGAUGACUGAGAGUGUGGUGCAGUCGUGCCGCAGCGACGUCGACUCGUUCCUACGUGACCUCGACCGCAGCGUCGCUCAGAGCCGAGACAUCUUCCACCUGUUCGAUCUUCUACACGGCAGCAGCAGAGCAGUGCAGGAGGAGGUGUGGAUGAAGGUGCAGGAGAAGGCGGUCCAGCGGGACACUCGCGACUGUCCGAUCUGUCUCACUCCUCUGAGAAGCGCACACUCGUGCACUCCGCCCGUCCUGCUUUCCUGCUCCCAUCUGUUCCAUCAGUCAUGCCUCAGAGCAUCUGAGCACUUCUGCCAGGAGGGCGGCGCCACCUGCCCACUCUGCCGCUGUCACUACAUCUCACUUCCUGUUUAUGACCUCGCCCAAUAACAUACCAUAUAAGGUAUGACACUGACCACAAGCUAGCGAGUUAAAUCGGGCUUAUAUAUAUAAUCUGACUUUUUUCGGAUAAAUGGGUAUUAAGUUUAUAUUGACGUUUAAUUUAGCAGAAUGAAGUCACACGAUACAAUCUGAUUUACCAGAACAAUUCAUCAGACAUCAGGUAUUUGAUUCAUUAGAAGGGAUCCGAUCAGGUCAGCCAACGUGAAUCAAAUGGUUGUGAUGAAUCAAUUACCAGUCUAAUGAUUUGUUCUAUUGAAUCAGACUAGUAUUUGAUUCACCAGGACUAGAAUGAACUCUUUAGUAAAUUAAUCAUUAGAACAAGUUAUGAUUCAGUUUGUAUAUUCGAAUACCAGGGUGUUGUUUGUUUCUGGUGAAUCGAUGAAGCACUCAGUUUGUUCUAGUGAAUCGAUCACAUCGAUUCCGGUGAGUCAAAUAAAAAAAAUCAGCUCAAGUUGUAAUAAGUCAACUGUAAAGUUUUGAUGAGUCAAAUAGCAGGCUGAUUAUUUGUAAUGAAUCAAAUAGAAAAUUCAUCACACCGAUUCUUUAUAAAUCAAAAAACCGAUUCAACACAUCGCCAUAUGAUUCAUUAACUCAAAGCGUCGUGCUGCUAAAGACAAAACGUUUACAGACAGUUUUCUCUCUAUUAAUAAAGGACAAAGGAUUUGCAUUGAAAAAGAACAUUUUAUUU